AUGGAAGAGCCGCUGUCGACUCCAAGGCUACCAUCGGCUCCGAGUUUCAAGGCAAAUCCUGCAUUCAGCAAGGAGCAGCUUCUCUCAUCAUCGCCAGGAUUUGGGACACCCGCAUAUCCAAUUGUCAACCGGCCACCUGGGAUCAAGCAGCCAUUUGCAAGCAAGUCGAAUAGUACGACAGAAAAUGUGCCGACAGUCCUGCCCAUCCUGCUCCCGCCCCAGGCGCUUCGACGGGUCGCCUUCAUCACUCUCACCAAGAAGCAUAACUUGACCAUAACCACGUCCGGUCUGCGUCUCCUAUCUACGUUUGUGGGCAAGUUCUGCGGGAGCGGCUGGCGAGAAGCUGGCCUAGCAGAACGUGUUCUGGACGAAGUUGCAAAGUUAUGGAAGCGAAAUGGAGGCGGGCUGAUUGUCGAAGAUGGGCUAGACAAAAAGCUGUCCAAUAUCUUGAAGAUUCUCGAGCCAUGCAUGUCCGGUGGACGGCCCGAUAUGGCUAAACUGUCACGUACCAACAAUGCGGUCAACAAUCCGAAUCUAUCCCGAACAGCAUCCUUCAGCGGACGGCCUGGUGCCAGCAGAGAGGAAAGCCAGACCAGUUUGGGUGGCCCAGACUUGCGUCCCGGCGAAAACGGUGACCAGGACGAGGAAGACGACGACGAAACACAACUCGAUCCACGCUCGUACUUGAAGAUCGUCUCAGCCUUCGACCAGCCUAGAAUGAUGUACUCGACUUCCAAAAAGUGUUUCGAGCCGAUGGCCGGCCCGCCGAGUCUCCUCCCUCCCAUACAACAUAAAGUAUCCAUGUUCAGGAACCGUUACCAUCUUGUCCACCAGCGACUGCUGAGGAACGAGUCUUUCCAAGCACCUUCAUUCUCAACAAUCACACGACCACCGAGCCUUAUGCACUCUGGCAGCAGUGUGGCCACACUUCAGAAAGCAUACAAGAUCACCCCUAUUUCCAACUUGCUGGGCCGGUCUGGAACAUUGCACCUUCUCCUAGGCAUGCUCGUCCACUCAGCAGCCGGUGACCUCGCCGUGUCAGAUCUAUCUGGGAGCGUUGUUCUCGACAUGUCAGUCGCACGGCCCAUCCCCGAGGAUGGGGCAUGGUUCUGUCCAGGCAUGAUGGUGCUUCUUGAGGGAACGUAUGAGGAGGACGGCUCCCACAAUUCAAACCUAGGCUCGGCUUCAGGAGUGGGCGGCCAAAUCAAAGGCCAUUUUAUUGUCGACACGAUGGCCGGCCCACCAGCCGAACGGCGGGCGCUGACCAUCGGUGCGUCCAACGGAGCGGACGCGAACAUCUCCCAUACCAGUGUCGGCGCGGGGUUUGGCUGGAUCGACUUUUUAGGAGUAGGAAGUGAGAAAGGCAUUGGACCGCAAAUGCAAAGGAUUCAGAAACGCGUCUUCAGCUCUAGUUCGCCCUCCGUCCUCCACGACAUCAACAAUACGACUGAGAACGCCGAAGGAGAAGCAGAGGACCAAGAACAACCCAUACGAACUAAGAUCGCCAUCCUGGGCGAAUGCAACCUCGACAGCCCGCGCACGCUCGAAGCCAUUCGAGCCAUCCUGUCAUCGUACACUUCAUCCAGCAACGAGGUCGCGGACUUACCUCUCUCGAUUGUCAUGAUGGGCAAUUUCGUCUCCGCAGCCUGCAUGGCUGGGUCCACAAAAGGAGGCGGCAGCGUCGAGUACAAGGAAUACUUUGACGCGCUGGCAUCUGUCCUAUCCGAGUUCCCUUCUCUUCUAUCAAGCACAACACUCGUCUUCGUGCCAGGGGACAAUGACCCGUGGGCAAGCUCUUUCUCCGCGGGGGCAGCCUGCGCAAUUCCACGCCAGGGUGUCCCUGAGAUAUUCACGUCGCGGAUCCGCAGGGCCAUUGCAACUGCCAACGCCGAAAGCAGCAGUAACAACAGCAAGAAAGACAAGAACUCCUCCUCAUCCUCCCCAGCAGGAGAAGCGGUGUGGACGACCAAUCCCGCUCGAGUCAGCAUGUUCGGACCACUGGAAGAAGUCGUGUUAUUCAGAGACGACAUUACAAGCCGCUUCCGCAGAAAUGCCAUCACCUUUGCCAAACUUGAAGGAGACGACGAUGAUGAAAAUGACGAAGAGGUUGACCACGAAGAAAGACAUACGGAACAACAAGCAACAAUCGAUGAUGAUGGGUCGGCGCCCAUAACGGACACGAACGCCGACGACGACGCCGAUGACGACGACAAAGACAGCGACGGUCUCGACAAACGUGUCCACGAAGCAACCUCGCACCUCCCUUCCGCCGUGACGGUCCCUACCGCCUCCGAGAGAAAACCAAACACAUACACCCUCCAGGCAGCGCGUAAGCUCAUCAAAACCGUCCUGGACCAAUCACACCUCGCGCCCUUCACGCACUCCAUCCGCCCUGUCUUCUGGGACCACGCCUCGCCGCUGUCAUUGUAUCCUCUUCCCACGGCGCUGGUGCUGGCGGACGCGGAAACACCCGCUUUCGCAAUCACCUAUGAAGGAUGUCACGUCAUGAAUCCUGGCAGAGUCGUCGAUGAGUUGGCUAUGAGUCGAGCCGCGGCUAGGGGAGCUGGGGUUGGCAGGUGGAUUGAAUAUGAUGUCAAAAGUAGGAAGGGGGAGAGCAGGGAGGUGAUAUUCUAA